AUGCGGUGGUUUCUGGUAACACUGUUGGUUGCCUGUCUCUAUUUGGGUCAGAUAAUCGCAGCUCCAGCUGAAGUCGUACCACAAUAUGCCAAUGGUGUCGCCUUACUCAACGCCAGAGAUGACGCGAGCGCGACAUCAACCGGAGCAGAUCAGACAUCUAGCCAGUUUUCCACUAUAGCUACAGCCACAACAGAUGCGCCAACUACGACCACCUCAGCAAGCUCUACUACACACUCGGCAUCGCAGACUACCAAAACAAACCAAACAGCCGCCAAUACUUCGAUUCCAUCCCUAGGCUCGUCUGGCUCUAGCUCCAAUUCCACGUCCAGUUCUUCGAAAAUGGUAUACCAAGGUGGUCUUCCCAUUCGACCGGAAAUCACACCAGCUGUGGGCGUGGCGGGCAUUAUACUUAUGGCAGCGGGUGCAGCCCUAACAUUUAUCGGUAUUCGAAAGCCACGAUACCACAUUUUCUUAUCGACCGGACUCUUGGCCGCGCUAGGUGUUACAGUCCUCAUCGAAUACGUCAUGAGUCCACCUGCGUCUAAUGCCGUACAAGGAGGAUACCUGGUAGCCAUAUUUGUUUCUGGUGCGGUUUUCGGUGGUCUGGCACUUGUGUUCAAAGAGAUAACCGAGGGUCUCUGCUGCCUUCUCGGCGGCUUCUGCAUCGGGAUGUGGCUCUUAACCAUCAAAGCUGGAGGCCUCGUCACGGCAGACGGAGCGAAAAUAGGAUUCAUUCUUGCUUUUGCCGGAGGCUUCUUCUGUCUCGCAUUCAGCCGAUACACACGUGCAUAUGGUUCGAUGAUAUGUACCUCCUUUGGUGGCGCCACUACUCUCGUUCUCGGUAUCGAUUGCUUUAGUCGAGCUGGCUUGAAAGAGUUUUGGCUGUAUGUCUGGGCCUUGAAUGUCGAUAUGUUCCCGUUGAACACUAAUACAUACCCCAUUACGCGAAAUAUUCGUGUCGAAUCUGCGAUCAUCAUUAUCGUCACUGCCUUUGGCGUCAUUUUCCAGUUGCGAUUGUGGAAAGUGAUCAAAGAGCGCCGCGAGAAAGAGGAAGGCAUUCGCCAAGAAGCCCAAAGACAGAAGGAUGAAGCUGAAGCCGAGGUCGGCCGACAACUCGAAGAGAAUAACCGCAAAGAACGAGCAGAGUGGGAGCAAAUGUAUGGGAAUGGCAGCGAUGCUAAGGAGCCGUCUAUGUCGGAGACUGCCGUGGCUGAUGACUCGCGACGAGGGUCUAGCUCUUAUGGUUCAUCUGUCCAUGAGAAAGGCGCUUCCCUCGAGAUGAAAGAGAUGACUAGCCCCGACCGUUCUGCCCGCCUCUCGGAUUCCGGAAACAAUCUUGAGGUCGUGGAAGAGGUUGUUGCUGAGAACGCGGAACAUCUUCAAGAUGACCAGGCAUUGCAGGAGCAUGAGAAUAUCCCGCAUAGAGAGGGCCAUGCAAACCCGCAAGCACUAGAAGCUCCAGUUGCCGUCCCAAGACAUCCGAAAUCGGGAGCCAAUGUGCCAGCAGACAACGGCUCUGAGCACGGCGCUGUUUUGGGCUCAGAGGUGGCCUCAUUGCGAUCAAAGCGCUUCUCAGGCAGAUCCUUUAAGAACAGGUUAUCUUGGCGAAGUGGUCAUCACGGCGCGAACCAAUCCAUGCAAUCUCAAUCAGAAGAGGCUCUCAUUGUCGCUACCGACGCAACUUCCUCUGUGGCUGGAAUUGCUGAUGAUCUUCAGAGCAUCUCCUCCGAAAGAUUCAGUCUGGCCACCGAAGUCCCCGAGAAUACAGAAGAUGUAUCAAAGGAGAUAUGCGAGCAUAAAGUCUUCUCCGAAGAGCAUGAAGCUGAUAAUAUCAACAAGAAUAAUUUUUUGGAAAACAACUCAGAAAUCAAGGUAAUUAGCCAUGAGGUGACUGAGGUGACCACGAAUCCACAGAGUGAACAUGGCACUGUGAAGGAUGAUGGCGUGAAACAGGAGGAUCCUAAAUCCACUGCAGUCGUUGAGACGGAGCUUGUUGACAAGAAGGACAAGAAAAGUGAUAAACACGAGGUAGAACAGGCCAAGACCACAGAGCCUGAAGGGAAAGCAGACCCCGUCUCUACAGACGCACCCCAGGAACAGCAAAAACAGGAGCAAGAUGGGAGCUCCGUGAAGAGAGACGAGCUCAAAACGGAGGAUGUAAUCCCGGAAAGCAAGUUCACAGUCACUCACGGUAUCGAGCAGAAUGCAGAGCAAGCUCCUGCUCGUACUGUCAACGAGGAGCCUACAUCUGAUCAUGCACCGUUUUCACAAAAUAAAAAGCCAGCAGAGAGGCCGAAGCUCAAUGUUUCAACAGUUCAAUCUAUACCUGAACAAACAUCAAGGGUUGUCAAUUCAUUCCGUACUGGAGAAUGGGCAAAACAUCUUGCUGAUGCAGAGCAUCCUGAAAUUGAACCGAUCCCAGAUGAAAUUGGACUUGAAGAUGAUACUGCUCCUGAGGAAUUCGCUGCCCCAGUUGACAUGAAUGGUCUCUUACAAACGCCCCUCAAUGCUCAGCCACCUCCAGUUGUAUCAAGCCCUAUUCCAACAAGCCCCGAUCAGUCUUACCCUCGAACACGCGGGCCUUCAGCUUCUCCAGAGCUAAACUACUCGAAGCUUAGAGGUUCCAUGCAGAAUCUUAAUACCGCUAUCUCCCCGCCUAUUUCCCGGAACAUUUCUUCAGGAUCACUGAGUCCCCCUGACCAUAAUGACAUGGCUGCACUACGCAACAGCAUGUCGACUCCGUACUUAAGCCCGGUCACGGCAAGUAAAUCCCAGGAAGCCGUGGAUUCCCCCCGUUGGAGCGGACCGCCUCCCCUUCUCGCCGUACGGGAAAACAUGAUGCGAAACCGGUUGUCAUCAACAUCCCUCCGGUAUGAUCCACGGACAGCAUCCCGGAGCCAAUCGCGACAGUCUCUCGCCGAUCCCACCGGGGUCGUCUCGCCCACCUUGACAAUUCCCGAGGAACAUGAUGAAAUCACCGAAGCAGUUCACAACGAAGACGACGUUCCUCUCUCCAAACGGAAAGCAAUGCUGCAGCGACAAACCAUGCGAUCCCCAUCAGGGAAUAGCGUUCAAAGCCUCGAGCGCACCAAGUCCCCCACUUAUGUCCCUACCUCCUCCCCUGGCCCUGCCGACUCGGGUAGAUCCGCAGCCGCCAUGGCAGCAUGGAGACAAUCUGUUCGCGACGACAUUUCGAAAAGCCGUGACUCGCUAGUUUACAGCCCUCAGCCGAAUGCGAGACAAGAGAAGUCCCGCACUACGUGGGGAUCUGUGCAGCAAAUGCGCGAUGCCUCGAACACUCAAAUUGGCAAUGCUAUUGCGGAUGAAAUGCAGCGAGGAAACAUGACGGACCUACACCGCAAGGCGAUGCAAAAAAUGCAAGCUUCUGCAAACCGCCAACUGUAG